AUGCCACUUGCCCUCAAGACCCAAAGUUUCUUUGAACGGCUCAAGAAGUUCGUCCUAGCAUUGAUUGACCGCAUACUUCCUAAAAAGCACAAACUAUCACUGUCGAGAGGCCAACGCAGUACCAUGGCAAAACAACUGGUGCUCUCCACUGGUAACAUCGUAUCCGGCGGCCCCUCCAUCAUCCGCAAGCCAGGCGCAUACCGCUCCAACCUCGAGCUCACAAACUCGCUGCGCAGCAACUUUCUCGCCGCCAAGCAGGAGUACGCUUCAGCGACACCGACCUCCAAUGGCCACGCCAACGGCAGCGCAAAUGGCACCGCCGCCACCACCCCCAACGGCAUAGCCGACGCCACCGACGCACAGCCUGCCACGCCCACCACGAAAACACCUACCCCGCUGCCUACAUGGACGUCGCGAGACCCCGCCGAUGACAACACCCUCUACAUCCCCCGUAUAGACUGGUCGUCCGACACGGGCUUGCAGGAGGACCCUUCGCAGUACGACAUCACCGUCAAGAUCUUCUACCUGCCCACGUCGGACGUGGCGUCGCGGGCGGCCUACACGCGGCGGGCGCUGGCGCUGGUGCUCAAGGAGCUGGGGGUGUCGUCGGUCUCGCUGCUGAUCGCCUCGUUCCCGGGAAUGUCGUUCGAGGGCGACUGCGAGUGGGAGGCGGACAAGCUGAACGCGUCGCAGGGCGACGACGGCUCGGAGCUGGCGACGUGGGCGCGGGCGGUCGAGCCGCUGCACGACGAGGGGCUGGCCCGCCAGCUGGGCAUCGCCGAGUUCGGCAGCGAGAAGCUCGCCCGCUUCCUGGCCGCCGCCCGCGUCCGGCCCUCCGUCGACCAGAUCAACAUCAAGAACUGCUGCAACGUACCGCCCCCGCUUGUCACCCUCGCCCGCGACGCCGGCAUCGAGCUCUUCGUCCAUAGCGACUGCACCGACAUCUUGCCCAAGGGAACCCUGCGCGAGCUCCUGGGCCAGGGCGUCCGCGGCGCCGGCGUGCUGGCCGACCCGGCUGAGGGCGUUGAUGACGGCCUGAGGGGCGAGCUGACGCCGCAGUGGGUGGUCAAGUACACGGCUGUGGUGAGGGACCGGGGCGUCAUCGAGAACAAGGGUUACUUUGCCGGUGCCGAGCUCAUCGAGGACGCGCUCUCCGGGGCGCUGGCGCAUGGUGUGGUCGAAGGAAUCGACAUUCCUCACACGCACCUGGUCCUUGUCGAGUCGCAGCUUGCUGAACACUUCCGGUGA